GCUGCUGCACCGACCAUUGCAAACUUCGCAGCUACUUUGGCAAGCAGCUGCACGCCCAUGGAUGGCGGCGCUGGGUGUAAAAAGCUCUGUUCUUUAUGCUUCCCUUGAAGGAGGGGAAUAAAGAGAAGUUUGCGUUCAAUUAGGAGGGAAUACGAUAUACUUUUAACAGGCUCUCACAGGGGUGAGUAAAUGUUCACCCACGAAUUGCUCAUGAACGUGAUUUCGUGUUGAACUUUUAUUGUCUCCCCCCCCCCAGAUGUGAAACCAUACCAAUAUGUAGAUGAUGCUCUGAUUAGAGGAACUUCCCCUGAGAAGGUGGAGGAAGCAGCAGCAGCAGUACGCCAAGCACUAAAUAAAGCAGAAAUUGAGAUUCCACCUGGAAAAUUUCAGGGACCAAGUGGAGACGUAAAUUUUUUAGGUGCUUGGUGGAUAGCAGCCAGUGCAGUGGUUCCUCCAGGUACCUUAAAAUAAUCAAAGAGCUGCAAAUGCCCCAAUCAAGGAAAGAGUUACAACAGUUAAUGGGAACUUCAGGAUAUUGGAGGACGCAUGUACCUGGAUUCUCUAUCAUUUCCCAUCCAUUAUACUCAGUCUUACAGAAAGGCAUACCCUGGGAGUGGAAAUUAGAACAUAAAGAGGCAGUCAAAACUCCAACUGAAGAGUUAGAUCCCAUCACUGGGACCAGUACAACCUCACCAUGCUAUUAUAGCCGAAAAGGGUUUCACCGAACACACUACUUAGUGUAACCUGUUCCAAACUGUCCGCCAUGGGCCAAAAAGACAGUUGUUGUUUAGCUCAACCGCAUUUAAAGAGACAGAACAACCAUACUCUGAAUGGGAAAAAGGACUCUUUAGUUCGAGUAGUUAAACAAGUUGAGAAAAUACAUCACUGACAAUAUGUGCAAACUAAAGGAUCAUUUAAUUUACUAGAAGCAAUCCUAAAAGGGACUGCUCCCCCAGAAGGAGUUGCACAAAACCCUGCUAUCAGAAAAUAGUAUGCCUAUGGAUUUUCACUUCUUUUUAAUGGGGUAAUGUGCUCGACUCUCCCCUCUGAAACAAGUCUCUAUUUUCUCUUACAGCACCCUGCAGCAUGACAAACGGAAAUGCUGCGUCCAUGUUACUACCUCAAACCAUCACAAUGCUGCUUACACCCAUUGCGGUCUUCCCUAUUAGCAUUGGGAACUAACCAAUGGCUCUUACUGAUAUAUUGCCUCAGUGGGAAAGAAUUAAUGAAAGGGACCAUCAAUUGACUGUGGAUGCACUUGGUGCAACCCAAACUCGUGUUUCUCUAGCUCUUAGAUGUAUCCAAGCUCAAUUGUGGAUGCAAUCUAUGGUAGCACCAAUUAUAAGAGAAGGUGAAGAGGGCACCUUACCCACUGAAAUUUGAAAGGUAAUUUGGGAUAAUGCAACUACAUUCAAGAAAGAAUUCAAAUCCUGGUGGUAUUUAGUCAAUUUUACUUAGAACCCAAUCAUCAAUAAGGCCAUAGCUUUUGUCUUAACAAUACUCAAUGCUUCGGUAUACACCAUAUGCCCAAUCAUUGCAUUAGGAUUAAAACACAAUGGAACUAUAUCCAUUAGAGCAUAGAGUGUGGGCCCAACGAAAUGGAAACAAGUGGCAAAGUGUAGAUGUUAACACAUGCGUUGUAUGGGAACCACAAGGAUUUAUUUGUGAGAGUAACACCAUCAAAGCCCAGUGACACUGAAGAAAAUGUUUGUCAUUUUGAAAUACAUCCCACUGAAACCCCUGAAAUAUAUUGGAAAAGGAUGUGUUUGUAUGAGAACCCUUUGUGAUUUUAUAUAACAUUACUGUAGAUGCAAGCAAUCACUCAAAUAUUUGUGUUUGUAACUUUACUAAAGUUGCAGGAUGCAACUGUAAUUAUGUGUGUUGGUGUGCUCCCCACCUUCACUUAAGCCAUAACCACUAGUGCAGGUUGUGAUGGCUGCAUCCGGCUUACCCUGGACUUUGGGGGAUGGAUGGCAACAUGGUAGCCAAGGCCUGCCAGGAACAGUGACCCGGACAUCUUGCUGAUUGGCAAAUACGACUGCAAGUCAAUCAUUUUACUCCAAAAAUAGUGGAGGGCCCAGAGCCCGUUGAGCUCUGCUGCGCGGCAGCGGGCUGCAGGCCAGGAUCUCCCCUUGAGCAGGGACGGCUCUCAAGGCUGCUCCUCCCGGCUGAGCGAUUCCUUGCCGCAACAGAUUCUCGGACCAGAGAAUUACACAGAGCCCAUUUGUCCAGAUCCACAUCACCCUCGUGCCAAAUGAAACUCCAGCAUGAGUUUUCCACCUUGCUGGUAAGGAAACAUGCUCACCACACCCUGGAGGAAGCAUCAAAUUCCAGCUUUGACAUCAGGGUGAUUUUCUCAGACUGAUGAUUAAGGGUCUACCCAUCUGCUGCUGUUUAUAAGCCCUCGGGGCUCAUCAUGUGAACUUUUCCAGUGCCUAAAGUUGUGGUGCAUGAUUGCUUAGAAUCAGGCAUAUAGGCAAAGCAUUCGUUUACUCUUGUCAUCAGUGCAUGACCACAUAUUUCUCAUCUACUGAGAAUGCCAAAACCUGGUGUGAAGCCUCUUUGCGCUCCAGACAUUGAACCUCCUUGCCAGGCAUCUUUCCUUUUUAGGUUUGCAAAGAAGAAAAAGGCCUCUCUUUGCUAGGGUACCAUCUGUGCAACUAUAGCCUGACCAAAAAUGUAUUUAAAAUGGUUGCUUACCAAAAGUCCUAUGAGAAAAGCACUUCCUGCGGAGGAUGGAUACCGUGGAUGGUGUGUCCCCGGACGUACUACAAAACGCAGUAUCAUACUGUUGAAGUCCCUGAAACCAUCACUCUUACAGAUUGCUGUGAAGGAUAUGAACAAGUGGGACUCUACUGCUCUUUAGCACUCAGUAGAUCCAGUAUAUUUGCCUCAAGACCUGGUAUUUGUCCAAUGGAGAAUAUGGAAACAUCUGAUUAUCCUUGCACGUUCGAUACUGAAUGUCCAGGCCUUAAAAAAUGCUGCAACUCAUCCAAAGGAGCAGGCUGUGUGGAUCCAGUGCCAGAGGGAAGAACAUUCUGGUACAACGUGACAGUGCUUGUGAAAAUGGAUUUUAAUGAAUUAAUCAGAGUGGAUUCCCAACUUUUCAAUCACUCACGACUUUUGCACUCCAUGAUUACUGGUGCAUUACAGCACUUGAACGUCUCCGUGCACCAUAUCCAGAGUAACAGUGCAGAAGUAUACACUGGGACGGUGGCCUCUCAGCUUCUCAUUGGACUGCACCAGCCAGCUCUGCUAGCGGAGGUUUCUUCCUCCUUGAAGGACAUUGUGAAGCGUGUAUAUGAAGUGAUUGACACAGAAGUGCAAGAUGUCAAUGAAUGUUCCUAUGCUGAAUUCAACGCUUGUCCCGAGAAAAACACCUGUGUAAAUCUGGAGGGUUAUUACAGCUGCGACCCUCAGCGUGAACAUGCAGAUGUCAUCUCUCACCAACUGAGCCGAAGAAAGGAAGGCAUGGCAACACCUACUCCAAGUUCAGUGUUGGAUCUCAUUAACACUAGCAAUAGCUCUCCGUCUAUAAGUAAUUCAAGUCUCUUGUCCAUGACUAACCAAUCUACAGAUGCUGGGUGCUAUCCCUCUGCAGUUAGAAACCACCAAAUCUUCAGCGUUACCAGCAACAGUUUUGAAAUGUCCUGGCAUGUCGCUUCUACUCUGAACCACACUUUCCAAGUCCAAGUGUUCAAGGGCAAAGAGAUAAUACAAAACCUGAAGACAGAGGAAAUGAAAAUGGAUGUGUCUGGACUGGAAGCAGGUGUGAUGUAUUCAGUAGAGAUCACCUAUGAAACCUGUGGAAAAACCAGCAUCUCCCAUCAAAAUGUUAAAACAGAGGCCAAGAUAUUUGGUGUUACUAUGAGGAUUCUCAACUACAACUUCACCGAUGAUUUCCAUAAUGCCAGUAGCUCAGCAUAUGAAGAAUUUUCAAGACUGUUGCUUAGAGAGCUUGAAAAUUCAUUUCCACCCAACAUUUCUGCUUUAUACAAAUCUGGGAAGCUGAAAGUGCAGAUUGAAUCCAUGCAAGCUGGGAGCAUCAUUGUGAGACUCAGAAUCACUGUGCAGGAACCCGAGUUUCCAGUCGAUGCCUCCACAUUUGUCCCAGUGAUUUCUUACCUGCACAAUGGCUCUGCACUUUUGGUGGAUCAGCAAAACACUGCAGUAGAAGACUGGGAUGAAUGUGCUUCUCUUGCUGAGAAUGACUGCUCUGUGUUUGCAGAGUGUAUCAAUUUGAUGGGGUCAUACCUGUGCAGAUGCAAGACAAUCAUGGAUACCAAUCCAUCCCGACCUGGAAGAAACUGUGAGGGUGAGAUUGUGGACCCUCUCACUGAAACGACGGCUCCUGAAGUAACAAACAGUACAGAGUUUGGUCCUGAAGAAGUGAGCCCUGCAGGCCCUGCUUCCCCUGCCAGCACCGAGAUGAUGGUUGCUGUAGGCUCCGAGAUGAGCACCGCCGUACACCUUCCUGCUGCACCACCCCUGAGUGACAAGCAAGCGCCCCACAAUCAUUCUCCCACCAGCUUUCCUCCAACCCCUUGGAAAAAAGGCCUUGCAACGCAGAUGGGCUUUGAUGGGGACAACAGCCGCACGGCCUCGGGGGUUGUAGCCAGCAAGGAACUGGCCAUGAGCACAAAGCAGUGGGUGGCCGUAAGUCCGUCGCAGCAAAGCUCUGUGGCAGAGGCUUCCCCCGGUGCAUCACAGCGGGUGGCUGCUCUCACAAACGCGCCCAUGGGCACAGCAGGGCAAGAGCAACUCAGUUCGCCAUCGCUGAUGUUUCCAAAUCAAACAGCCUCUGCUUCCAGCAGAAGUCACUCAGCUUUUGGUGUGUCUCAAGCCAGCUCUCAAGGUGGGCCCAGUACAGCUCUGCCUGCCACAGGGGAUGCUGGUGUUCCCACCCUCAAUGCCACUCUCAGAGCACAUGUAGAGGUGGGAAGAGAGAAUAGCUCUUGGUCUGAGAAAUUCACUGGAGCCCUGGGGUCACCAGCUCUGCCAGGCACCGCUCCAUCUCCCAGCCCGACGCCAGGCUCACCCAUGGACCGCACUGUUCAGAAACUCAGUGGCAUGGUGCGGAUAACAAAUGUGAAAUACUCUCCAGGUUUUAGCAAUACGAGCAGUGAGGAAUACCAAACCUUUGCACAGCUCUUUGCUGAUGAAGUACAUAAAUCUCUGCCCCUUGACAUUCUUCAGCAGAUGGAUGCCGGUCUGAUUAAAGUGUUGAUAAUGGGUAUUACUAACGGGAGCACAGUAGUAAGUUUCAAUUUACUGAUUGCAGAAGAUGUGGAUAUCUACUACAUCAUCACCACUUUUCAUGAUGCCUUUGAACACAGCUCCUAUUUCACAGUUGACAAGAGCAGUGUCUCCAUAAAUGAUUACGAUGAGUGCAAAAGCAAAGAAGAUGACUGCUCCCCAGAUGCAUUGUGCCAUAACACACUUGGGUUUUACCAGUGCAGCUGCAAUGAAGGAUUUGCUGAUGUGCAUCCAGAAAGGCCUGGAAGAAGUUGUGAAGCAUUUCCUAUCAGCCAGAAGGCUCCAGUGACGAAUAAGAAACCUGUACACAAUACAGUUUUACCUGCAACAUCUUUGCAAACUUCAACUCAUGUUUCUUCCCCUGCUUCACUGGACUUCUCUGCUACUGAGCACAAAGCUCUGGAGGACACCACGUUCUCCAGCAUGAUGCUGCCUCCUCUCACCAUUGAUCCUGUGUCAACUUCUGACUUUUCUCCUCAAGCAUCUCCUGUCCCCCUCAAUAAACCUGCCCAGGAGGUUUCCAUUAAAGAUGCAGUGAGUGUGUUUUGUGAAAUUGAGAAGAUCGUCCUUGCUGUCCAGAAGAGAUUUUUAGAGCAGGAGUCUAUCCCAGAAACCUCCCUGUACCUGGGGGAGCCUCACUGCAACGUGAGCAUCAGCAAUGGCACUCACGUUGUGUUGCAGGCAGGCUGGAGCGACUGUGGCACUGAAGUUGAAACCAACAUGACUAAUACUGUAGUGAAAACCAUCCUUCGGAAUGAUGUUUCUGCUCAGGGAGUAAUCCACCACUUAAAAGUUGCCAGUCCCAUUCACUGUGUGUUUCAAAAUGAUCUCUUGACUUCCUCUGGAUACACUGCACAAGGCUGUCCCAUCCCAAAUACGUAUACCACACUGCUAGAGAAUGGGAAUUCAAGCAAAGCACAGUUUAAGAUGAAAAUUUUUUCCUUUGUCAACAAUUCUGUGGUUUACCUACACUGCAAAAUUCGUAUUUGUAUGGAGACACCAGAAAGCACCUGCAGAACAAGAUGCCAUGCAGUUCGAUCCCUGAAGACUGGUGAAACCAUCGCUAUGCACAGAACAUCCUGGGGACCCCUAUGUAAAUCUGCUGAAUCUGAUUUGAAGAGAGAGAAGGAGGCUGGGAUGGGAGUUGGAUACAUCAUCCUCAUUGCCUUUGCUGUGUUUGGUUUUGUGCUGGGAGUUGUGAGCCUUCUCAUGUUCCAGUACCAGCGAAAGAUGGGAAGAUACAACUUCAGAAUCAAAUCUGACAACUUCAGCUACCAAGUGUUCUACAAUUAGCAAUUUCCAGGUUACCAGAUGUAAAUACUGAAUCAUGAUCAGUUACUUUUUUUAGCCAUUUGGCUCUUCCUUAAAUGGCUAAAUACUUGCAAAAUGAGCAUCCUCCAUUGAAGGGUUUUUGAACCUCCGGUCCUGUUUUCUGUGGGUGAAGGUCAUAGAAGUAAAAGUGAAAUUCCUACUAUUCUUGCCUGUUUUCAAAUGCUGCAGACUACAGAGGAGAAAGACAGCCUUCUCUUCCUCAUUUUCCUUCAUGGCUUCAGUCUCAGUCAGACUAAAUGAUGCACCACUUUAGAAGAUCACCAAUAACCAUUUCCACAAAAAACAUAUCACUUUUGGGUUUGGAUUAGUAUAAUAAGGUAGAGAAACUUUACCACUCUCUUUAUAAAUCUGCUUCAGAAGCUAAUUUGCUUCAGAAGGGAAGCUAUUAUCUCUUUCUACAAAAACUUGGGCUUAAUUUUCUUUUGGGAGGGGGCUUGUUUUUCAAGAAAAUAGUGGGAUGUUAGACAUAUAGAGCUUGAAAUAAGCAGUGCUUACAAGUGCCUGCAAAGAGUCUGAAAAGACAGCCGUGAGGAGUGUUAACCACUACAACACGUUCUGCCUCUACAACUUGGGAAUUUAACUCUUUACCAGAAUGCCAUAAGAUUCAGCACUUUUUUCUGUAAAAUGAGUGCAUUCUAGCUGCUCACCACCAUUUGUAUGUUUGUCCCUUUAAGAGGAAAAGAGACAGGUGAGAAAGCUAGCUUGAUGAAAAAGAACACCUAACAUUGCCUCACAACUCAAGGAUGUUUACUUCAGAUCAGAUCGAAUUUUGUUCCUGGGAACAGGCUUAUUUGACAUUGUUAGCAGGGUUAGUGAGUAACUCUUUGCUGAAAGAGGCCUCAUACAUGACAAUGCAGCUACACAACCACAAUAAAUUCACUAUACUCAUCCUGAUGGUAUUUCCAGAUUAUUUAGUUUGCUUCACUAAGUACAAUAACUCUUAACAUAUAUCUGGGAGAAAGGACAGGGAAGACUAUCGCAGCUAUCUGCUCGUAACAUCUUGAAUAGUCAUUGUUAGCUCUUUUCCCCCUAGUCUUACAUUACGGAGACCACCCUCUGUAGUCAUCUACAGGCAGCUUCUGAGAGAUCACUGUAGGUGAGGCUGAUUGCUUCCAAAAGGCUGGGCAGGGCUGCCUGUUGGGAGCCCGAAGGGAAGGUAUCCAGGACUCCUUGGUACAGCUCCAGCAGCUGUACAGUAUCAGUGAUACAGGUCCCACUAGGGAGCCAUAAUCCAGUGUAAAGGGCAUAUCUAGGUCCAUUAAGCUAAAACCUACAUAUGAAGCCUCUGAGUCUCUCCACAGAGAGAAUGGCUUGUCUUCAUUCAUCAUUCUGCUCUCAUGAGUGGUCAUGAGUGAUUGCAAUAUUUGAUAGUAAUGGGAAUUACGGAGUUGUGCAAUGAGGUUGUAGCACAGAGGAUACUGUCAGGCUCCUAACACUUGUACAUAAUCAGCAUGUUGGAGUCUCAGCUAAUGGCUCCUUUUAGAUGCUGGAACUACUCAGCUCUUCUUUCCUGUGUAUUUACUUUCUUCGGAAGGUAAUUGAUUACCUUUCUCAAUCAUGAUUAGUUUGGUUUUUAUUUUUUCUAGUUGGAUCAUAUCUCCUCACAUGGAGAACUGAAGCUUGUCUUCAUUCAACAUUUGGCUUUCAUUACUCUUCACAAUGGUGGUCAUGACUAGUUGCAACACUGACUCUUCCAAUUAAUGUCACAUAUAAAAGGCCUCUGUAUCUGUUUUUGGGGUUGGUUUGUUUGUUUGUUUGGGUUUUUCUGUUUUGUUUUGUUUUGUUUUGUUUUGUUUUUUAACAAUCUGGUUCUUCCCUGGUGUCCUGAGAAUGAUUUGUGACUGCAGCUCCAGGUUGAAGUGAAUUUUGGCAGUUUUUUCUGUGGAUAAAACAGAAGGGAAAAAAGAAAAACUUCAUAGUUCUCUAUUCAAGUUCCAACAUUUGGCUCUCCCACUGUGCCAUGCUGCUAUGUGCCCAUCUUAGCAUCACUUGUGUCACUACUAUUGACAAGCUGCAUGUUUCUAUAAAUAUUCCAGAAAGUAAAUCAGCAAACCCUUAGAGACAUCUCCUUUUCAGUUUGUAAUUCACUAUUUACUUAAGGUGAGGUUGAAACUUUGAGCUGCAGCAAUGUUGAAGACCUAAUUGUGCAAUGCCUUAAGUAUAGAGACGCUGGAUUUGCUACCAAAUAAAGAAAAGGCACCAUGAAUCCGGGGCUUAAUCUACUCAGAGUGUUCUUCAGCAUGAGUUUUGAGAUUUGAUUAUAAAUUCUUUAAUCAACAAGGACUCAGAGGAAAAAAAAAAAGAAAAAAGAAGAAAGAAAGUGGUUUUGCUACUGGCAGCCCACGUUUUUCCUGAUAAGUCAGUUGGUACCUAUGUAUUCUGUUUAAUUAGACCACAAUGACUGUGCAGUUGAGCUACAUUGUGCUGCCCGCCUAAGUGAGAGCACUUCAACUGCAACAGAAUAGUUAUAAAUUUGAGCUGAAUUUUGCCUGGCUGCAAGACCCUACAGCAGCAAAGGUUUAGCUUACUUGCUCCAUUGGAUACAACAACAGUCUGGUUAGCUGGAUAGACUGGAACAAAAUUCUUUUCCACACAGUAAGCAUAGCCUGCAGGACUCUUUCCCGGGGCACUCUUCUUCACUCUGCUGCCUCAAACCUCUACUUUAGUGAGCGUGUUAGACGAUGGGAGAGUAAAGCGAUGUGGUAACUUGUCCCCACCAUCCCUUGGUUCUGAUUGCUGCGCACUCUCCUCCUCACACGGUGGUAGAGUCUACUGUGUCUGGGUCACAUGUAAUUCGGUAAUUUACAGUGAACAAACUAAUUCUUCUUUAAGCUCAAUGGACACCAUUAUAAAUAACUCUUCAGUGGAAAUUAGUCAUUAACUUGAACUCACAAAUACUCUUAGUAGCCAUAGCAUUUUGGUACAGAAUAGCAUUUGAAAGCUGCUUUUCUAUCCCCCUAGUCCAAUUUCUGAUAGGUAAUAAGAUUACUGGGUGAAAGACUUCUACAUUUUGCAAAAGGUCAUACUGAUUGAUUUUAGAGGUUAUAUAUACACCUUUUAAAUACAUCAAUAAAUUUCAGAAUAAUCAUUUGCAUUCUGCUUUUGAUUUAAGUAAAUCUGUAAGGAGUAAAAACCUUUGACUUCUCUUUUCCAUGCUGAAAUAAUCAGUUACCAGAUCCUGAUACAAAAAUAGAUCCAUUUGGUUACAAUUCAUUAGUGAAACUGCAAAUUAUCUUUGCAAUCUUAUAGUCUGAAGAACAUAACCAUAAGAUUUUUAUUAUGUAGGAGUUUGCUCAAUUUGCUCUCAAAUAUGUAAUGUGUUUGCCUUCUGCACCCAGUGAAAGGAUAAGCUAUUUUACCAUAUAUAUUUUUCUAGGUUUUAGUACUCGCAAUCCCGAACUGUCUGAAAGUGACAGGACUAGAGAUUUGCCUAUUGAUUUCAGUGGAGCUAUGCCAUUUACAAAAGCUGAGCACUAGUCUUCAGGAUGAAAUGCAAAACGGUAGUUUGUAUUUGAUACCGUGCAUGCUCAGUGGAAACUGCUGUUGUGACUAUCUGAG